AUGGAGAUAAAAGCUGACCAAUCUAGCCUCCUGCAUGAGUUCUUCAGUCCAACGGAGAAAUUGUCCUUGGAAGGGAGAAGUUCUGCAGCUUUAGAUAUUCACUUCCUUCCCUUUAAUCUGGAAAAACGUUACUGCACUGUCAUCUUGGUUAAUGAACUGAUUGGAGAAUUUGUAUACCUGAUAGAGGGAACAGGUGAUAUACCUUUGCCUUCAGGACUGCUUCCAAUGGAUAGUCCAAAUGUUUUGCAUGUUAGCAGUACUUUAGAAGGUCCAAGUGCGGUAGGGUCAGUUUUAUAUUUGAAAUGCGGUCUUGGUCAGAUUCUUGAAGAAAAUCUGAGGAUUCCAUUGAUCAAUGAGUCAAGAGAGAGGGCUCUGGCCAUUGCUGCACAACAGCGGAUGUCAACUAUGGAAUAUGAAAGAAGAAAGAUCACAGGGACUCUGCAGAGCAGUAGCGUUCGAGUUGCAACUGCAUUGUUAGGGCUGUCCAGUGCAGAGAGACAUGCACUCCUGAAACCUCGUAAAUUCCCCCCAGAGUUGAAGUAUGUGGAUUACAGUGUAGAAGUGAGCGCGCGAGAAUUCUUUGAGGUUCCAGAGAAGUUCUCUAUUCCAUUACUGGCAUCAAGCAGAGUUAACUCGAAAGUUCCAUCAACAAAAGACCUUUCACGUCAGAAAACAGACAGAAGUGAUGCAGCUGAACUUCCUAUAAAAUUCAUUCCUCGACAUCCUGGUUGCUACCACUGUCAGAUUCUUCUGAAGUCCUCCUGUGAUGUUCGUGUCUAUGAGAUUGAAUGUGUAGUGAAUGAAGACCAUGUUGAAGCAGAGAUUGAAUUUCUAACUCCAGUUUACCGGACAGUGAUUCAGGAUAUUCCAAUUAGUAACAUAUCCAGCCAGAACCAGAAACUUGAAGCAAUUUUGGAAGGACAGGGUUUUUAUGGACCUCCUCUAAUAAAUGUGGGUCUAGGUGAAACAGCUGUGUAUCCUCUCAUGUUCAAGCCUAUCGUUGAGGGCAUAACAAUGGGAAGGCUUAUUCUGCGAAAUGGUACAACUGGCACUGAAAACAUCUUUAGCCUUAAGGGAAUAGGGAAGAAACCUCUGGCAGAGGAUUGUAUUGUGAUAGAUUGCCAAGUGGGAAAGGUCACUCGAAAAUUUUUAUGGGUGCCCAAUUAUACGAAGAAGAAGUUAACGUACAAGGUAUCUUCAGAUCUUUCAAUAGUGGGUGGUGCACCUGUUAUUACUGUAGACCCAGAUGACAGAGUCGCUUACUCUUUGAUCAUAUGUCCGUGGAGACGAGGAGUCUUUCAAGGUGUAAUUUCAUUUGCUGCUGAAGAUGAAGACCAACAGCAGCCUCAAUAUAACAGCUCACCAGAGGAGACAGAUGGUGAACAGACCCUUCAGAAAUUGUCAACAGAGACACCACAAACUGUUGAUGCAGCAAGCAUGG